AUGCACCUUCGCACUAGUGACACCCGCUACCGCGCUGCGCUUCAUGCUGAGUUCUGCGCCAAGAACCCCCCCCCCAUAUACAUCACCCUCUACUACCUAGUCACACUGCUCCGUGACUCCCUUCGCUCGGUCAGGGACCACAUCCUCUCUGUUUGCCCCACCACACUCACUGUUGACCUCCUCGAGGAGCGCCUCCUGGCAGCUGAGAAGAGUAUAGUCGCUGUAGGAGCCUCUUGUGGUGACCCUCGUACCCCCUUCUUUAAAUGUCAAUCGGCGCUGCGUCUGCCCUUAGCGGGAGACGCCGCAACAGCAAGGGCAAGGGGGGCAAGGGCGCUGGAGGGGCUGGCGGGGGCGUUGGAGGUGGCGGUGGAGGCGGCGGAGGGGGUGGGGGUGGCGGUGGGAGUGGUGGCGAGGGUGGCAGCUUCGGUGAAGGCGGUGGAGUCGGAGGCGGCAGCGGCAGUGGGAGCGGAGGAGGCGGCGGUGGCGGUGGCGGCGGCAGCGGUGGAGCUGGUCGGGGUGGCGUUAUGCAGCGGGGCGGCUUCAGUGGUGGUCAGCGCCAGCAGCAGCAGCGCACUCGUGGGACCCUGCCCCCCUAGCAGCUUCGUGAGUGGUACGCUGCGCGUCAGCGGGGUGGGGGUGCUGGUCCCUGUGCCUAUGUCCAGCGGCGAGCUGCUUAGGUCGGGGGUUGCUAUCUUUGAUCUUGAUUAUGAUGCUAUUCUUGCUGCAAUAUAUGUUGUGCCUACUAGUGAUGAGGGUGACUGUUACCUGUGUGUUCCGCUUGACCCGGGCAUUGAGGCUGCUGCUCUACGUGCUGGUGAGUCUGCUGCUCCGAGUGCUGGUGAGUUUGCUCCCCCGAGUGCUGAUGAGUCUGCUCUCUCAGGUACCACGUCGGCUCAGGCCUUGCACACCUUCACCCUUGACUCGGGUGCUUCCCGCUCCUUCUUUCGAGACCGCACCACACUCACGUCGCUUCGUCGGCCAGUUGCAGUCUCCCUGGCAGACCCCUCUGGGGUACCUGUCCUUGCUCACUUCUCUGCUAUCUUACCGUGUUUGGCGGCCUCUUCUGGCACCCUGUCGGGUCUUUACGUCCCCUCGUUCUCUACAAACUUGGUGAGUGGUGCUGAUCUACAGGAUGGGGGGGGGGGGGGUGACCAGUUCACUCCUGCGAGUAAGCGAGUGACCCACUGCACGUGUGCUCGGACGGGCCGACACUUGGCCACAUUCACCCGUCAGCCGGGGUCGAGCCUGUACACACUGACUACUGAGUCUUCUCCGGCUGCAGCGUCUGGUCUGAUAGCUGCAUUAGAUCAGGUGUUUGGUGCAGCGUCCAGGUCUGGUCCUGAGUCUGCCCCCUGCUCGUGUCGUCUCCUGUCUCACCAGACUCUCCUCUGGCACCAUCGCCUUGGUCACCCCUCCCUGCCUCGUGUCCAAGGCCUGGCCUCCCGUGUCCUUGUCUCUGAUCUCCCCCGGUCCCUCCCUCCUCCUUCUCCGGGGCCUGCCCCUACCUGCGUUCCCUGCGUUGAGGGGUGGCAGCCCGCUGCUCCUUACUCCUCCGAGUUUCCUCCGACAGAGGUUCCGCUGCAGACACUUCACCUAGACGUGUGGGGUCCCGCCCGCGUGCGUGGACAGGGUCACGAGCGUUACUUCUCGCUGGUCGUUGACGACUACUCGCGUUACACCACAGUCUUCCCCCUGCGCAGCAAGGGUGAGGUCACUGAGGGUUUGAUCGGCUGGAUCCGCUCAGCUCGUCUCCAGCUCAGAGAGAGUUUCGGCUCGGACUUUCCUGUUCUGCGUCUGCACUCCGACAGAGGCGGAGAGUUUUCCUCUGACCUUCUGCGAGCCUUCUGUCGUGCACGGGGGAUCCGCUUGUCGUUCACGCUUCCGGCCUCCCCAUAG